AUGGGUCACCGCGAGCAGUCACGCAAGGCUACAGGCAGCAGCGACCGAGGCCGCCCACACCAUCGGAGCGGCUCUUCAGCCUCACAACAUCUACGUCCAUAUGAGCAGCCACAAGGCUCGCCAUGCUCAGAAGACAGCCGACAUGCGGCCACCCGCCAUGUAUCGCCCUCCUCCGAACAUGGCCUUUUCCCUGCGCCUACCCGUCGCCUAAGCGAGCAGCCUGAGGCACCAAGCCGCCAACUGAGCGAGCAAGCAGCAGCGCGCCGGUACAGCGAGAUCUCCCGCGUAGAAUCCCCAAGCGCUUCUCCCUUGAAGAAGAAGAGCAGCGGUAGCAGCAGCAGUGAUUCCUGGGAUCUGCUUGAGCAAGACGAAGGCCCUGCAGCACUGGAUUCAAGUGCUCUGCCUUCCUACAAUUUCCCUGGAACCUGGCCUGCCGCCUUCAACGACACCACCACAGCACUUACGCAAAUCGGCUCGGCAACAGCUUCGUAUGCUUCAGCGCUCACCAGGUCCGGCAUCGGCAAGGCAGGCUGGUCUGUCGGCGCCGCGCUCGCGUCAACAGCGAAUAGACGCGCCCUUUCACUUGUCGACUGGGCUGCUGGUCGUACUGGCACAGGAGAGGACAACCUCCCAAGGCCAAUCGGACGCUGGUUAAAGGGCGGACGGAAGACCAAGGAAGAACGUCGGCGCGCGGAGAGGAAGAAGAAGGAAAAAGAGGCAAGGAGGGCCAGGGGCGAUCCGUCCCCAGAAGCCUCGGACGAUAACUUCGAGAGUCCUCUAUUCAAGGACGAUGAGGGUCCUUUCACUCUCGAGACGUCUGAGAUGAAUAACGCUGGCGACUUCGUGGAUGGACAGAGGGCAGUUCAGAUGGAGGAAGAGGAGGAGGAGGAGGAUGACCGUGGCUUCACCCCAGCGACUACGACUACGAUAGGCGGAAGGGCCGUCGAGAGACACGGUAGGAGUAGUCUUGAAGGUUACGAAGAGGAUGAGGUCGAAGAUGAUGGAAUGAAGAGGCUCUUCCAGUACGACGAUUAG